GACAGAUAGUUUUAUUAGUUAAAACAUUUCAACCUUCUGGUUGAAUUACGUCUAACUUUAGAAUUUACAUAUAAAUUUUGAUUGUGUGGUAUAAAACUACUUUUAAAUCUAUUUGUUAAAAUUAUUCUCUUUUCUUAGAUUAUAAUUUGAGAAGUUCUUUAGUACUCGCAAUUAUAAUCCGCAAUUCGCUUGAUUAUUCCCUUAGAUACUGAAAGUAUAUACACAGAAAUUACACAGAAAAUCGCUGAUAAAUAUGGUAAAAUUUUUGAUUGGGAAAUGAAAUCCAAAGUAAUGGGAAGAAGUCCUAAGGAUGGUGCAAUCAUGACGGUAAAACUACUGGAUCUACCAAUAACAGCAGAGGAAUAUUUAGAGAAUGCUGUGGCACUAGAAAACGAAUGCUUUCCUCAUUGCAAGCCAAUGCCAGGUCAGUGCUAUCAGUUUUAACACUGUAAGAUCAAAGGCUGGUUUACAAUAUCUAAGUUUCUGUGACCACAGUAGGAAUUUUGCGUAGGUAAAUUCUAAGUUUUAAAGGAUUUGUCAAACGAGGUUGAGAAUUCGUAAGAAAUGUUUGAGCAUACUGACUUAAUGUUAUGUUAAACACUGAGUCAGCUCCCUCAAACGUUUCUUACGAAUCCUUCAAAACGUAGAAUUUCUGAUACAAAAUACCUACUGUGAUGACAGAAACUUUGAUAGUGUAAACCAGGCUUAACACUAGCCUACUCCACAGUAUGAUCAUGCAGUGCCAGCAGUUAACCAUUGGGUCAUCUAAUCCAUCAACAUCGUAUUUUGGUUUAAUUUAUUCAAUAUGUAAUACACCUGAUUUCGUAAUUAUGACAUGAAUACUUCCUUGGGCUGGGAGCUCGUUUUCAUUGAAUCCAGCCUCACAAUUCAUGAGAACGAAGGCUUCCGGACAAAGGCAAUUUGCCAAUAUUACUCUGUAUUUAUAAAAGGGAACUUGACAAGCAGACUGCAGACAGAUAAAAAUAGCCAGCAAUUUACUUUUAUUUUUCAAUUUACCGUGUAAUUGGUUAUUCACUAUGAUUGCAGGGCCCUUCAAGUUUCGAUAUCUGCAAUAGGCAGUUCUCUGGUUAUAAGUUGGCCUCAGUCAUUGAAUGUGCCAAACACCGCGCAAGUUUUCGUCAGGACUUCAGAUUCGCCCUGUACUAUUACUGUGUUGAUUGUAGCGAUAGCCCUCACUGUAGCCUACGUCGUAGACUCUAUAGCUCGAUGUUUUUGCUGUUUGCUAGAGUCCAUGACGUAGGGCUGGGCCUUUAAGAACAUUUCGUUAGUCUCCUUAUUUUUAUACAUGGUUAAUAAUAGAGCAUCAUUAAAAAUAUCUCUCUCUUGCCUAAGGUGCUGAAAGAUUAGUAAAGCACCUGCAUUCUCAUAACAUCCCAUUCUGUGUGGCGACUGGCUCGAAGACCUGGCUUUACAAGGUGAAAACUACGAAUAAAGAAGAUCUAUUUAAUCUAUUUUCCCACUAUGUCUGUUCCGAUGAUCCCGAGUUGAAACAUGGAAAACCAGAUCCAGAUAUCUUUCAAUUAGCUGCAUCAAGAUUCGCCAGCAAACCUUCGUCACCUGACAACAUAUUAGUGCUUGAGGAUGCUCCUAAUGGAGUGCAAGCAGCUCGUGCAGCCAAUAUGAAUGUUGUUAUGGUUCCAGACCCCAGAAUUGAUCCUUCAUUAUGUACUCAUGCUAGUCUCUGUUUGAAAUCUUUGAAUGAGUUUGAUCCAGAACUGUGGGGACUGCCACCAUUUAACGACUAAAUCUAGCUGACUAAAUUAUGCUUCGCAAAUUCAAAACGCCUUUUAUUGAUUAAAUGAUUAAACUGGAACGCACGAUAGAUUUGUGUUGUAAUAUAUAUCGCAUGUAUUGAGAAUCCUGCAGAAGAUAAGGGGUAAUUUGAGGUUUUAUACACAAUAUUCCGCUUUUAAAUUUUAUAUAAUAAAUCCUUCCAUAAGUCCUUCAAGCAUGCCUGGAUGAGCCAAGUAUUAUGUGAACCAGGCUUUAGGGGCUGAUUACAUGGAGAGUUUUCAGCCCGGGCUGAGUUUCAGCCCGGUUAAACGAGCUGAAAUUGCAUCACGAUUACAUGAGCAGUUUCAACUCAGCUAUAUUUAUCUUCAACCCGGGCUGAAAUGUCCGCCCGGGCUGAAAUAAUCUGAGUGUCACGAAAUAGGACAAUGAGCGUGUUACGCUUCUUUGAAGCAUUCAGACGCUGAUUAGUCCACCAUUUGACUUGUGUGAGACUGUGGUUAUAUGUAAAGUAUUUAAAAAUUAAACAAACACGCAAAAUAAAGCCAUUUAAACGGUUGUUUUUUAGCCCGGGCCGAAAUUAUUUGCGAUUACAUGCAUGC